UGUGGCUAUUCCCAAAAUGUGGCGUUUACCAUGUUGCUGGCUUUCUUUCUUUUGCUCGCCCGCUAUUUUAGACUUAUCAUUAGGAUUUACAAUACUGUGCCGUUUAUAAACUAAAUGUGCACUCUUACAUGACUAAGUAUGGCUUUCUAAAAGGACUUUAUCUGAGUCUUGAUUAAUUUUAUGUACCACAAUUAAAAAAAAAUGCUUUCAAAUGUAGAUAAUUAGCAAGCUAGUCUUAGACUUAUGAAUAAUAAUAAUAAUAAUAAUAAUAAUAAUAAUAUAGCAUUGCUAGCUUGCGUAGGUCGGUGAUAUUAGGGAAGACCACUGAUUUUGACAGAUUUUAGCAUACAAUUUGAGAAGACGAUGCUAUGAGGGUCCACGGCGCGUGUUACAUGUCGCGGAGCUGUAACUCAGAAACACUGCGCCUGUGAACGCUGCACGAUCAGAUCAAACCUUUGUAAUGCUGCAAAUCUCAACGGUCUUCUAAUGACUGACAUUUAUCCACAGACAUGGUGCGUUUCUCUAUAUUUUAGGUAUCUGUCUAGAAUUAACACGACACCACACGUGUUAUCCAGUAGUCCUGGGGUUAUAGUAAUAGCUGAAAGUCAGGACACAGGGGUUAGUAGUGGACAGGUGCUGCUUGGGUGCUGUGUUCACUCGCGCAGUGCUUUGGCCUACUCCACUCCAAUAAACCUGCACUAGGUCAAAUUCAGCUAGCUUAGCCGUGCGCUCAUUCAACUCUACACUUUAUACCAUUAAAACCUCAUUUUUCGUGUCUGCUGUCUAGUGCAGAAGUUUGUCUUUCAUUUUUUGGCAGCAAAAUUUUGCUUUCAUUAUUUUUUUUAAUGAAUAAUAUUGGCGUUAGCAUUAGACGGCUAGUCUGUUAGCGCGCAUGGAGUCCCACUACGCUACAACACCAUGCGCCACAUGCCUGGCUUAGUUUUGCACGGCGCACUUCUGGAGCAGUACUUAGGAUCCACAGGAGAUGCCACUCAGGUUUCGGUCCUUUGUCCCGUACACACUUCCUGGAGUGCUUGCACUCAUAGGCUGGUGGUGGUACAUUUCUCGCAAGAAAGCACGGAUCACCAGCCAUGACAGUGAGGAGGAACCGGUUGCGGGCCUGCUGGCUUCACCUGCUAAGGGCACUAAUGGAAUGGUGGAAACCACACACAGCAGACCCUGCUUAGACAAACCCAGUGCCAAAGAACUGGUGUCUGCUGAGCAAGAGGUUGUAGCACGGAUACACACAAUGGCAACAAGCACCUCAGUAGAAGAACCAGUCAGCUCCCCAGUGGUAGUGGAAAAGCUGGGUACUCCUCCUCCAUGCAGCACUGCAACUACAGACUCCCAACAGAGCAGCCUUGAAGUGGUCAGGGAAAAGUCCCCAAUCUUAGCCUCAACUCCAUCAAACGAUGUUGAGGAGAGUCCUCCAUGUGAGAUACAAGAGGCAGUUGUUCUAAGCAAUGAAUCAAGCCAGUUGCCUGCUGAAGCAGAGCUGGACACUUCUGGCUCACUCGGGCAUUCUUGGGAUCAAACACUCGACAAACGGCAGACUGACGCAAACGAAAUGGCUCCACUUAUAUGCCAGGUUGUGGAGUUGUCCAAAGCGGAGCGCCCAGAGCCUGAAGGAGAGGUGGCUGAUGAUGUAUUGGCUGUGCCAUUUGCUGAGAACCUCCAAGCAGACUUGGCAAAAGACGGUCUAUCCUCCACCAAAGAUGACUUGACUCUCGAUUCACCAGCGACUGGGGAUCAGUACACUCAAUCUGCAUCACAACAGUUACUUGGUCUUGACAGUCCUAUACUUCCUGCCUCAUUUCCAGUUUCCACCAGCUCCCCCGUCUUAAACGAUUUUAUACAAGUCCAGAACCACGAGAACGGAGACCUGAGCCGUGCAGUUGAGAGCAGCGACAGCACGGAGAAGCUGCAACGCCUUGCAGCCGGCCUCAUCACUGAGGUCAUUUCCGCAGCUGCCCAGGAGGUCAUGGCAGUCAGCAGCACCACGUCUCAGCUCAGCGAGGGUCCGGAGGAUGCUCACAGCAUGGCAGUGAGCAGCUGCGUGUCUCAGCUCAGCGAGGGUCCAGACGAUGCUCACAGCAUCACGUCUAAUUUAAAUGGAAAGGAAAUUGUCAGGGAAGAAGACGAGUGUGUGGCUCAGGUGGGUUCCUCUUCUGAAGACUACAAAGAUCACGUAGAGCAGCAUGCAGCACAGAUUGCCAAGGAGGUCAUCAAUGGCUGCCUCACUCCCUCUAUAUGGGAGAAGUCCGAGACACAGGACAGUUUUGCUCUCAGUGACCAUCAGGGACAGUUAGAAUCGACUCAGAUCCUGCCCACGGUUCAGGCGAAAGAGGAGGCUGUGAUGGGAACAGAGGAUUCUGGGUGUAGCACUUGCCAGUCAGAGGAUGGCAUCAGCAACGAAGACCUUGUCAUCAGCACAGAUUUGUCAUCAACAGUUCAUGACAGCAAAGAGGACCUUAUUCAGAUUUCAGGGAUCUCGACUUCAGAGGAAAAAGGUGAUGGACAUCAGGAAAGCUCUGAUUCAGCAGUCCUAGAGGAGACUGUGCUGAGCGGGGAGCAGGCAGCACCUACCUGUGUGCUAGCACAGGUGAAUGGGGAAGCUCUCAGGAAUGGAACCAGUGAAGCAGAGGCUGAUCAGUCUGGAGGUUCGGAUGUGAACAGUAUGGAUUCAGUAGACAGCUGCUCCGCUUUGGGGACAGGAAAUGGUCAGCAGAGUGGCAGCCAGGCCAGUCAAACACAGAGCUCCGAGCUGAUUGUGUGGGAAAUAGAGGUGCCAAAGCAUCUAGUUGGUAGAUUAAUUGGAAAACAAGGAAGGUAUGUGAGCUUUCUGAAGCAGAGCUCUGGUGCAAAGAUCUACAUCUCAACUCUGCCUUACACUCAAGAGUUUCAGAUCUGCCAUAUAGAAGGUACCCAGCAGCAGGUAGAUAAAGCAUUGGCCUUGAUUGGUAAGAAGUUUAAAGACCUGGAUCUGACCAACCUGUAUGCUCCUCCAUCGUUGCCUCUCUCCCUGCCCUCCCUGCCCAUGACUUCCUGGCUCCUGCUUCCUAACGGCGUAACAGUGGAGGUGAUAGUGGUGAACAUCGUCUCUGCGGGCCACGUGUUUGUCCAGCAGCACACGCACCCUACGUACCACGCUCUGCGCAGUCUGGACCAGCAGAUGUUCCUGUGUUACUCUCAGCCUGGCACUCCUGCCCUGCCCUCACCUGCUGAAAUUGGUGUGAUCUGUGCGGCUCCUGCAGUGGAGGGAGCGUGGUGGCGAGCGCAGGUCAUCUCCUUCUAUAAGGAUUCCAACGAAGUGGAGAUCCGAUACGUGGACUACGGCGGCUACGACCGAGUGAAGAUUGAUACUCUUCGUCAGAUUAGGUCUGACUUUGUGACGUUACCGUUCCAAGGGACAGAAGUGUUAUUGGACAACAUCGCUCCUCUUCCUGGAGAGGAUGGCUUUUCAGCUGAAGCCAACUCUGCCCUGGAAGAGAUGACACGAGGGCUACCUUUGCUUGCACAGGUCACAAAUUACGACAAUAACACAGGCCUUCCGUUAGUACAAAUGUGGAACAUGGUUGGAGACGAGCUGGUUCUGCUGAAUCGUACAUUAGCAGAGCGAGGUUUAGCUACGUGGGUGGACAGUUUCUGAUCCCUUGCCUCCUGUUCUUCUCUCACCCUCCAUCCCUUCCUUCACUUUUUAGACCCCGCCUACCUGAAGUGCACAUCACUGGCUAGCAGAAAAUUACUUUUACAUUUGUUUUUUAAGGUUUUGCUUUCUACUCCCUUUCAAACUAAAUUAAUGUACUGUACAGGGGGACAAAUAUUGAAAAUGGAGAUAGCCAAGUUUUGAUCAGAGAAAACUUGUACAAGGAAAAACUGACAGAAGAAAUCUCUUCAUUGGUGUAAAUUUAAAGAAAUCUAGUAACUAAAUCAAGUUGAUCAUGUUUUCCGUCCAACGAGGCUCCUUCGGCACAAAUCAGACUGUGGAUUUAAGAGCUGUAAUUGUAUUUAAAAAAAAAAAGAAAAAGAAAAAAAAAGUGUACAUUAAAAUUGUAACAAUGGUGCAGUUUGUAAAGACUGUUGAUGCUCGGGUUUGGGACUGUUUUCAGCAACUUGUGCAUACUUUUGUAGCUGUAUCUCACUAAUUAAUAUUGGAUUUAUUUCCUAGUUCACUACUGCAAGUUCCUUUGAGGUUGAGGCCCAAAGUCCCCAACACCUGUGCACAUUUAGUGUAUAGAACAGGACUCAUCCAUGUCAUGAAGAAACACACUGUGCAAAGGUGUGUGAUCCUCUUUCACAGAGUCUUGUUCAUCAAUGUGGCCUUACGGAGGGAAACAAAAUCCUGCCCUCCGCUGCGCACAGUCUGUGGGACGUGUCCUGCAAAUUGCCUUCAGUGUGAACAUCUCCAUAUGCAGCUUACUUCUCUGUUGCUCUUAUUUAAGAGUCCAUUAUUCAAGAUUUUCUCAUGUAUCUCGAGGAAUACACUAAAGCACUGACCAGCGCUUCACUUGAACAUGGCUUCACUACACGUUUAUCCUGACCUGUGAUGAAACGUUCACAUCAGAGCACUGAGGUGUAUCAGAGCUCAGGCUCCUGUUUUGGGUAGAUGAACUGCAUGUAGUGUGCUGUGUCAAUUGUAUGCAUGCAGUCCUGUUCAGAGCACAUCUUUGAUCCACACGUAACAUAAACCCACAUUUCACUAUCUAGCGUGGCUUUGCGUAAACACCAGAGGAGGGUUGAUCACUUGUCUGUAGUCUACUGUGCCCACAGUCAGGUUCCUUGGAUCAAAACGGUCAUCAUGGUCAGUAGCUAAUGUCUGUAGUCUGAAAUGUUUAGAAUGUCCACCGUCUCAUUAUGCUGGCUGCUAAAAUAAGCACUCUGGUAAUACUGGUUUGUUGCAAAAGAUAAAAAGCUUUAAGAAGUCUCAUUCAGGUUUUUUUUUUUUUUUUCCUUUAGUUGGGUUUGACCUAAGAAAUGCUCUGUUGCCGUACAGGUAUUUUGUUAAAAAGAGUGUAAACCACUGGGGAUUUUUUUUUUUUUUUUAAUUAUUAUUAUUAUUUGUGUGCGUGUGUGUGUGUGUGUGUGUGUCAUUGAGUAUGUUGCAUUCAGGGCUCACUCAUCCAGUUUUCUGCUGCUAUACCACUUCCAUCCUAAUGUUGCCAAUUCCUAACCUGAUAGAAUUUCACCAGCUGUUUUCAUUUGGUCUGUUUGUUCAUUUCUUUUUUUCCCCGAGCACUAAUUUCCCUUUGUGAUUUCCUCCUAUGCGGUUAUGUGUGUGCUGCUGUUGUAUUUGAUGAAGACUAUAUCUGUCUGGUUUCAACCUAACUUCAAAAACUUGAAUUGUUUUUCCCUUGAAUUUUGUUUGUUGAUCUAAAAAGAUGGUGAUUAUUGUGUGAACCCAACAGCCUUGUAAACUGUUAAAGAAGGAUAUGUUUCUGUAGACUGCAAAAGGAUGUGCACUUUUCUGUAACCUCACUCUCUCUGAAAUGCUAUACGAUCUGUAAUAUCUGUGGAUUUGGCUUUAUUUUUUUCCUGUCUGGUGCUCAGGUUGUUGGGUGUAUUGUCUGAAGCUGUGGGGAAAAAAUUAACACACUAGGCUAUGAUGUACUAAAUGUACUAUAGAAUGUAGUCUGUUAAGGUAUUUCUACAUUAUACAGUCAAACAAAUAAGGCAGCACAGCAACUUAAAUGCAGGAACUGUUUGUUUUUUUGUUUUUUUUUUCUCCCCCUCUUUGUAAGUUCAUAAUUACCCAGUAGAUUUCUGACCAUUUGUUCUUUUAUCAGUGCUCGAAGUUCAUGGCCUUCUCUUCUCAACCUUUUCCAAUGCCAUGCUUCAUCUAUCCAUCAUACUUCACUUGUCCAUGUCUGUGUAAAUAAAAUUUCACUGUUCUUUUGUACUGGGAAAAGUGUAUGAAAACAAAGGGAUCAUGUUUUUUUUUUUUCUUCCACCCCAACCACAUGUUCUGUUUAUAGGACUGGUUUGAAGUGUUUUGCUUAGCUAGUUGAUUAAUUCUUUGAUUAUUUGAGUGCAAAGCAAUCCUGCCCACAGCAUAACCAUGUACAGGUCAGUUUUUGCUAGACUCAGAAAAGGUUUGAAUCUCGGUUGUACAGAUCUAUAUAUAUAUAAAUAUAUAUAAAAGAGAAUAAAAUUAUUAAAACAUG